UUCACCGUGAAACUGCGUAGAUGAUUAAGGGUAUUUCUGUUCAUAUCUUCCUGGUAGCUUUAAUGGGUACUGGUUACUAUACAUCGGUCGCACGUUUCGCUCUGAGAAAACAGAAUGAAAUUCAGUUUGGUGGCUGUGACUUUGGUAAACAUUGUACUGGAAGUUUUCAGCGUGUUGAUAUUGCCGAGCAGCAGAUCUUGUACUUCCCAGUCCUCGUGUCGAUGUCAUCAGAGCCAGGAGCAUUUAUACGCUGACUGCUCCAAUCUGAGUCUAAGACAGUCACCCUACUUCUGGUCAAAUGUGACUAGAAUCAACCUUAGCAAUAACCUGUUGCGAGAGCUUCCGGCUAGAUCACACCUUCCGGAUGACCUGACCUACCUGGAUCUUUCCAAUAACGCCAUUCACAGAUUUACAAAUGACUGCUUCAAAGGACUCUGGAAACUUUCUGAUCUAAGACUGAAUUUCAAUAAACUCCGUGUAAAUGAAUAUCUGGUUGACGACACUUUUGCAGAUUUGAUAAACAUAAAAAACUUAGACUUGUCCCACAACCCUGAUCUCACUUUUCAAGUGAUGCCGAUUUUGACUUCCGGCCUACAAAACUCCUCUAUUGAGGUUCUUCGAUUGAAUAAGAUUCAUUGCACGUUUGGAUUAAGCACAGAAGUAAGGAUAAAUGAUGUCAGAUCUCUAAAAUAUACCAAUCUUCAGGAAUUGCAUAUGUCAAGCAACAGAAUAGAAUUAAUCGAAAACGGGGCACUGUAUUUUUUACCUGGAACACUGAAAAGAAUAUCGCUCGCAGAUAAUAGGCUAGCAUUUGGAUUGUAUAUUUUAGAGUUAAUGGAAUUGAAAAGUUUAGAAUGGCUGGACACAAGUAUGCAACAUACGACCCACAAUCCCGUUGAAGUUGUCAACAGUAUAUUUUCGUAUUGUAGGAAUAAAAGAGAACAACGAAAGAUUGUACACGAGAAUACGAAUGCUUUAACAUAUAAAACAGUUAAUUCUGCAAAUAUUUCAAAAACAGAUGAAAACAAAAUACAGAAAACACCUGACAUGUUGUGGGGAAAUAAAACAAUAAAUACUAUUCCCGUUCCACCAAACAUGAAAUCAUUCUUUUGCAAUGAAAGUGGCUUACGGUACCGACUACCGUCCGUAAGAUUAACUAAAAAUAGAAUCGAAAACUUGUAUUGCCAGGACAACAUUCUGUAUGCGUGGACUGGCCCAAUUCUUGGACUAGACAGUCUACGAAUACUGAACCUGUCCAAUAACUUUUGUUCCAAGGUGUCCAAAGACUUUUUUCAGUAUGUCAGCACUGUUAGCGAGUUAUAUCUGAACGAUAACUUGUUGGGGUUCAGUUUUGUACAGGACAACGAUGGACAUAUUUUCGGAAAUCUCCACCGCUUACGUCACUUGGAAUUGAAAGCAAACAGAAUUUCAUACUUCCACAAAGCUGUGUUUAAAAAUCUUUUGAACCUGGAGUAUUUGGAUCUGAGUAACAAUAAGUUAACUGCCAUUGAUUUUGAUAUAGCUAAUUUGAAGUCUCUCCGGUAUCUUGAUUUAUCCGUCAAUCAAAUACAAUCCCUAUCUGAUAAUAACAUGAACGACAUAGAUGUACAAGCGAAAAGACUCAUUAUCACUUUAAACCUGUUCAAAAAUCCGUUUGUGUGUGAUUGCAAAACCUUACCGUUUCUAACUUGGAUGAUACACAGGCACACAAACAGGAAAAUUAGAUUUAAGUCAUUCGAGCAAUACUCUUGCUCUACAUCUUCUCCAAGCGGAAAGAUAAAAUUCGUAGUACUUGAACAACAUCUUGAGAAGUUGAGGAAAGACUGUAAUUCCUACUCCACAGUGAUCUUCGUUGUGUCUGUCAUAAUCUGUCUAUUUUUCUUCACAGUGUCGGGUGGACUGAUAUAUAGACAGAGAUGGAAACUCCGUUAUUUCUACUACAUGACAAAAAGUCGUUACCAUGAUUACAAAUCUGUGAAAACCAACAACCAAUCAGAUUUUAAAUAUGACGCAUUUGUUUCUUACGCGGAAGAGGAUAGGCCGUUUGUUGAAAAACUGAUUUCGGAAUUGGAGGCAGAGGACAGAUUACGUUUAUGUAUUCAUCAUCGAGAUUUUGUUCCGGGAUACAAUGUUGCCGAAAACGUAAUCACUGCUGUUAACAAAAGUCGUAAAACAAUUGUCAUUCUAUCCCCAAACUUCGUCAAGUCUGAUUGGUGCAAGUAUGAAAUACACAUUGCAAAAAUGGAAGAAAUCUACUCUCGUGCCGAUGAAGGUGUCCUUCUCCUUGUGCUUUAUGAACCAGUUCCUGCGGAUGAAAUUCCACUAUGCAUUAUGGAUCUAAUAAAGCAAAAGUCGUAUAUUGAAUUCCCAAACGACGAAUAUGGAGACUGUGUUUUCUGGAGAAAAGUUCAAGAAACAUUAGAAAACGAAAUCAAUUAGCUCCAAUUUAACAAACAUAUUAUUGUUAUCAAGAUUUCUCUUUCAUAACACAUUAAUAGAUUGUAUAAUGUAUAAUCAAAAAAGUAUUAAAAGUCAUUUUAUCAUAAAA